GGUUCAGUACGCGCAGAAAUGUCGAAUACAAACGAUCGUCAAUUGGCAAAAAAGUUGCGAACGCAGCAACAAAGUGUCACACGCUACAACGCUUUACGCGGUCUUACGACGUCUUUAACCGUCGCGUUAUUUCUGUUUACGCUCUGUCUUCGUCUGGAUACGAGCGCGGCGCGAACGGCGGAUGUGUUGAAAGUGGAGCUGUCGCAUGGCGGAGUCCUUGUUGGGCGCCAUCGGACCUCCCAUAGUGGCCGCCAUAUACGCGCCUUUAUGGGUGUGCCGUAUGCGCUGCCGCCGAUGGGCGAGCUGCGCUUCAAGCCACCUGUGGCGUAUGGUGCGUGGGCUGGAGAAAAACAUGUAACAAAAGAUGCGCCAAUUUGUAUGCAACGUGAUCCCUAUCGGCGUGAUAUGGAAAUUGAAGGUAGUGAAGAUUGCCUCUAUCUAAAUGUGUAUACGCCAGAGGAACACAAUCAAACGAGCCCUUUACCGGUUAUGAUCUAUUUUCAUGGUGGUGGCUUUCAAUGUGGUGCCGGCGUUAGCAGCUUUUAUGGACCCGAAUUUCUACUCGAUCGCGACGUAAUUUUGGUGAUCGGCAACUAUCGUGUUGGACCACUCGGUUUCCUAAGCACAGAAACGCUAGAUUGUCCUGGCAAUUUCGGUUUGAAAGAUCAAGUGGAGAUUUUACGUUGGGUACAGGCAAAUAUAGCUGCUUUCGGUGGAGAUCCACAGAGUGUAACCAUUUUCGGCAAUAGUGCGGGUGGCGCUAGUGUUACAUACCAUAUGCUCUCGAACUCUUCGAAGGGUCUCUUUCACAAAGCCAUUAUACAAUCGGGCACCUAUUACAAUCCUUGGGCGCAACCACAGUACAAGGGUAUCUCGGCCAGGCGCACACGCCAAGCCGCACAAUUAGUGGGCUGUGAUGAUAAGGCAAAUUGGCCGGAACUCUUGAGCUGCUUGCGUAGCGCGAGUGCUGAAAAAGUUGUUACCACCGUCUACCAGUUGUUCGAAUGGGACUUUGAUCCCAUGGUGCCAUAUCAACCAGUUGUGGAGCCACCACAUGAGGGCGCUUUCCUCACUGUGUCACCACGCGAAGUCGACCUACCGCAUGGUUUCUCGCUACCAAUUAUGAUUGGUGCCACCUCUGAGGAAGGUCUGCUUAAGACGGCGCCACUGCUUAAUCUGCCUGGUCUUUUGGAUGACUAUAAGCAAAAUUUUGAUACGAUACUACCGAUUGAACUGCAAUACGAUCAUCAUGCACCAGAAGUGCGUGAAGAGAUUACGCGUAAAAUUGUCGAAUUCUACUUCAAGGAGGGUCACAACUAUGAUAAAUAUAAUUACCAAAAUAUAACUGAUCUCAUCUCAGAUGGCUGGUUUAUUGCGGGGAUCGAUGAGUAUAUACGCCAACGCCUUGUGGCUGAAAAAUCUCUAAAAAUGCCUCCCUUUUAUGUGUAUCUCUUCGAACAUCGCAGCCCUGCGAGUUUCUCUGAACUCUUUAAAGGCGGCAGAGAGGAUUAUUAUGGUGCUUGUCACGCUGAAGAGCUACAAUAUCUAUUCCCCGUAGCUCAAGAGUUAUUUGUCAGUGCUUCCCCCACAAAAUCUGAUAGAGAUCUGCGCGAAGCUAUGCUCAAUAUGUGGGUUAAUUUUGCGAAAGAAGGCAAUCCCACUCCGGCGAACUCACAACUAACACACUGGGACCCAACAACUGGUUAUCCGGUAAACUAUGCGCGCUUGGGACACAAAACACCCGAGGAGUUCACCAUUCUACAAAUGGAACGUGACAUAUAUGGCGAUCGCGUUGAUUUUUGGCAUAAACUUAAAGCACAUAUUCCAGCCGAGGAGCGCAAGGUCACACGGAAGGAUGAAUUGUUUAGAAAUAUAGUUAUACCGACAAUGGCUUUGAACUAUUUAGUGUUUGCUAUAUUUUUUCUACUCGCUUGUAGUGAUUUGUAUAUAUUCACCACUGCCCGUAUAUCUGAGGUCUUAAAAGUGCAAUUACCACAUGGCGGUGUGCUGGUAGGGCGUCACUGGACCUCACAUAAAGGACGUAAUGUACGUGCCUUUCUAGGUGUGCCUUAUGCGCUGCCGCCUGUGGGCAAUUUGAGAUUUAAACCACCAGUACCGUAUGGCUCUUGGUCUGGCGAGCGUCUAGCGAUAAGAGAUUCACCGCCAUGCAUACAACGCGAUCCAUUCACACGUCAAACAGAAAUCAUCGGCAGUGAAGACUGUCUUUAUCUCAAUGUCUAUACGCCAGAGAAACCGCGAACAUCGAAACCCUUACCGGUUAUGUUUUAUAUUCAUGGAGGUGGUUUUAUUAGCGGCUCAGGCAUAUGCAGCUACUAUGAGCCAGAUUAUUUAUUAGAUCACGAUAUAAUAUUGGUUAUCGGCAACUAUCGAUUGGGUCCACUCGGUUUCCUAAGCACCGAGACUUUGGAUUGUCCCGGCAAUUUUGGUUUAAAAGAUCAGACGGAGGGUUUACGUUGGGUACACAAUAAUAUUGCCGCAUUCGGUGGUGAUCCGAACAGUGUAACUAUUUUUGGUAAUAGUGCUGGUGGCGCUAGUGUUACAUAUCAAUUGGUAACGAGCCUGUCGAAAGGACUCUUCCACAAAGCUAUUGUUCAGUCUGGUUCAUAUUACAAUCCUUGGGCGCAGCCAGAGCAUAAAGGUACACCCGCAAAGCGUGCACGGAAGCUCGCACAAAUGGUUGGCUGUAAUCCUGAUGGAAAUUGGCAAGCCAUAUUGCGUUGCUUACGCACUAAAGAAGCCAGCGAUAUCGUUGCUAGACUCUAUGAUUUUUUCGAAUGGGACUUUGACCCCAUGGUACCAUUUCAACCCGUCGUUGAGCCUCCACAUGAGGGUGCAUUCCUUACCGUUUUACCACGUGAUGGCGGUAUGCCACAUGGUUUCUCCUUGCCACUUAUGAUUGGUAUUACCUCGGAAGAGGGUUUACUGAAAACUGCGCCUGUACUUACUAUACCUGGUCUCUUGACUGAUUAUAAGCAUCAAUUUCAAAAAAUUCUACCAAUUGAACUGCAAUACGACCAUCACACACAGGAAGUACAAGAGGAGAUCACACAUAAAAUAGAGCAGUUUUACUUCAAAGAAGGGCAUAACCAUGACAAAAACAAUCAUCAAAAUUUUACAGACCUUUUAUCUGACGGAUGGUUUGUAGCUGGUAUCGACGAGUACAUUAAGCAGCGGGUAGAAGCUCAGAACUCAAAUCAGUUACCGCCCUUUUACGUAUACGUCUUCGAACACCGUAGCGCCUCUAGUUACUCCGAAAUUUUCGGUGACAGUGACGAUUUCUUAGGUGCCAGCCAUGGUGAUGAACUGCAAUUUCUCUUUCAGUUAAAUUUUAGACAGUUCGUAAGCUCACCUCCCACCGAGAACGACAUUGAGUUGCGUGAGGCCAUACUGCAAAUGUGGGUAAACUUCGCUGUAUAUGGUAAUCCAACGCCUGCAGAUUCUAACUUAACUCGCUGGGAACCCGUCACGGGUUAUCCUGUCAAUUAUGCACGUUUGGGCCACAAGGCACCUGAAGAAUUUACGGUUCUACAAAUGGAACGUAAUAUUUAUGGCGAUCGUAUGAAUUUCUGGCGAAAACUCAAAGCGCACAUUCCAGCAGAACAACGGAAGCAACAAUUACGAGACGAAUUAUAAAUCGAGUAUCUACAGUUUGUUCGUAUUUUACUACUUUAUGCGUCGGGAAUGACGAGCUUUCACAUAUUUUGGUGAUAUCUUUUUUUUUUGUAACUUUAACUUUGUGGUUUCUGGGUUUUAAUAAAUUCUAUAUGAUAGCUUCCCAUCGAA